AAACCUAGGGCCCAUAAGGUCGAUAAUUCUGAGGUAACACUUAGUUCCUAUGAAUACGAGAUUCUUAAUUCUGUUGUUACUCACCAAUGUGAAUACAUAAAGGACUGGCGAAUUUCCGUCACCCGCCGUCGUGUCCUACAAGUAGUUACCGAACUGGUCGUAUGCUCAAUUCAUCCUGUACCUGGUAUUGAUUUUCAACUAGAAGAUACCUUCAGUCCUUAUCUUUUGCUCAUCUUGCCCAUGAUUGGACGAUUCUAUUUGGCAUUUCGUGCGCUUUUGCUGCAUUCGAAAAUGUUCAAUGAUGCCGGGUCUCGGAGUAUUGGAGCGAUGAACAAGGUUUGCUUCGACUUGCGAUUUGUACUGAAAACGUUGAUGACCCUAUGUCCGGUGAAAACAUUGCUUGUAUUCAUUGUCAGUCUAUGGUUGAUACUAAGUUGGACAUUACGAGCCUGUGAACUCGAACAGGGUGAACACCAUUUGGGGUUGCUGAAUUCCGCCUGGCUCAUUUCGGUUACAUUUUUGAGUAUCGGUUAUGGUGACAUUGUACCACAUACGAGCUGCGGUCGCUUAGUUGCGGUCACUGGAUCGGCAUGCACAGCAUUAUUGGUGGCUGUAUUUUCGCGCAAACUGGAAAUGACCAAAGCUGAGAAACACGUUUUACAUUUUAUGGAAGCUAACAAAAUUACUAAACAUGUGAAACACUGUGCAGCCAACGUGCUUCGUGAAACCUGGCUCUUGUACAAACACGCCAAACUGAUGCCUUCGUUUAAUCCCAAUCGGGUUCGAGUACAUCAACGGAAGUUUUUGCAGGCUAUCUAUAGAAGAAUAAAUUGUUUUAUUUUUGUCUCACUGUGCAAUUUUUGGUUUUUAUCUCAUUUGGUUAUUGGAUGGGGACAGGUUUUAACAACAUACAAAAUUAGCGUCAUUGACUUCUAUUCCGAAACAUAUCCCUCAGUGGUACUAGCCAGUGACAAUCCUCAUCCCUUGGAGCCCUACCAAGAAGUUGGUCUGCAGCAGUGGAAGCCCAUGUUAAAGAUAACUUAUUCAUACCUACAAUCUUUGGUCAAACCGCCGAGGAAUGUUCCCCAGUCACACACAACACAUGCAGAGAGAACACGGAAUAAUAAACGAUAG